UCCGGCCCCGGCGAGCUGCUUUCCCUGCCCCGGGCCCCUCUUUUUCCUCUUUUUCGGAUCCCAUGGGCCCGUGAAGAUGGGGCUCCCGCCCUUACCCCGCCCAGCACCUGGGGUGAGAAAAGCCCUCGCCCACUCAUCUGGUUCGCAGUCCUUUGGUGAUUCACAGCCCCGGCCCCGCCCAGGGCGCUAAUCUAACUUGUUGCUCAACUUCAGAGCGCUGCCCAGACUUCAGCUCCCGUUUCCAGCCCGCUGUGUCUUCACCGCAGAGGCCCGCGCCCGGUCCCCGUCCCCGCGCGCAAUGAGCCCCGCGCGCCCGCGCGCCCGCGUGCUGCUGAGCCUGCUGGGCGGGCUGGGCCCGCAGCUGCUGCUGCUACUCCUGCGUCCUCCGGCUGCGUCGGGUGACUGCGGCCUUCCCCCAGAUGUACCUAAUGCCCAAGCAACUUUGGGAAGUCGUACAAGUUUUGCUGAGGGACAGAAAGUAGACUACAAAUGUAACAAAGGCUUUGUAAAAGUUCCUGGCAAGGCAGACUCAGUGGUCUGUCAAAAUAAUAAAUGGUCAGAGCUUGCUGAAUUUUGUAAUCGGAGCUGUGACUUUCCAACCAGACUACGUUUUGCAUCUCUCAAAAAGUCUUAUACCCAACAGAAUUAUUUCCCAGAAGGUUCCACUGUGGAAUAUGAGUGCCGUCCAGGAUACAUAAGGGACCCUUCUCUCUCAGGAAACAUAACUUGUCUUCAGAAUUUUAUGUGGUCCAAACCUGAGGGAUUUUGUAAAAAAAGAUCAUGUCCUAAGCCUGGAGAAAUAGAAAAUGGUCAUGUCAAUAUAACAACUGACAUACUGUUUGGUGCGGAGAUCUAUUUUUCAUGUAACACAGGGUACAAAUUAGUUGGUGCAGCUUCUGCUUUCUGUGCUGCUAUGGGAAAUACUGUUGGGUGGGCUGAAGAAUUUCCAAAAUGUCAAGAAAUUUUAUGCCCAGAACCACCAAAAGUUGACCAUGGAAUGAUUCAAGAGAAACAAAACAGUUAUGCAUACGGACAAUCUGUAACAUAUAAAUGCAUGGAAGGCUUCACCCUACAUGGAGAGAGCUCUAUCUAUUGUACGGUAGAAGAUGACCAAGGAGUGUGGAGUGGCCCCCUACCUCAAUGCAGAGAAACUUUUUACAAUGUCAUACCAAAAGUUCCGAAACCCACUGAAGUAAAUGUUCCAGGUACCAAAGUCUUAUCAACUCCUCAGAAACCCACCACUGUAAAUGUUUCAGCUACAGAAACCCCAUCAACUCCUCAGAAACCCACCACUGUAAAUGUUCCAGCUACAGAAAUCUCACCAACUCCUCAGAAACCCACCACUAUAAAUAUUUCAGCUACAGAAACCCCACCAACUCCUCAGAAACCCACCACUGUAAAUGUUCCAGCCACAGAAACCUCACCAACUCCUCAGAAACCCACCACGGUAAAUGUUCCAGCUACAGAAACCUCACCAACUCCUCAGAAACCCACCACUGUAAAUAUUUCAGCUACAGAGACCCCACCAACUCCUCAGAAACCCACCACUGUAAAUGUUCCAGCUACAGAAACCUCACCAACUCCUCAGAAACUCAUCACAAUAAAUUCUUCAGCUACAAAGCCCACACUAGUUUCUCAGACAUACACCACUGUAAAUGUUCCAGCUACAAAGGUCCCAUCACCUUCUCAGAAAUCUUCCACAGCCAAUGAUUCCGCCAUGACAGCCUGGAAUUCCCCAAUAUCAAACACUGUCUCUACAGCAGCUCAGAAUCCCAUCAUGGCAAAUGCUUCUACAACCACACCAACAACCCAAAGAUUCACCCCAGCAAAAUCUUUACUUACACAGAAUCUUAAAGCUACACAGAAGUCCACUUCUAUACAUACGACUAAGGGUCUCCGUAUAACACAAAGAUUGACCUCUGCUCAUGUUACAGCAGCAAAAAGCACAGCUAUUCCCAGAACAAGCCCGCGUUUUCAUACAACAAGCACACCUAAAGGAAGAGGAAGCGCUCCUUCAGGACAUAUGUGUAUAACAUUGACAAUUUUGCUUAUGAUGCUAGUAACCGUUGGCUAACUGAGCCAAAGAAGUUGAGAAGAAAGUGUUUUGCAUGUUAUCUUGUUUUUAAGAUGCGUAGGAAUGUCCACAAAGCAAGGAAAGAUGAAUCUGUCCUGGAAUCACAGUCUCAACACUCCUAAGACCCUUGAAAAUAGAACAAUUUGUAAGAUUAAGAGUGAUUACUUUCAUAAAAGUGUGGGAAAGUGGAGAGAUUUGUUCAUCUUUAGAAUGUGAGAAAAAAGGAAAAAAAGUGAGUUUUUUUCGCUAAAUAUGUAAUGUUAUUUUUAUUUAUAAAAACACAAAAAAUUAAAACAAUUGGAUAUUGAAAACAAAUGAACCAGUCUCUUAUAAGGAAAAUUGUCAAAGAGAUAAAACACAUUAUACAAUGAUCUUCCUUGACUAAAGGGCAUUUUCGCUUUUCUUAUUCUAUUAAAAUGAGCCAGAAUUAGUUGGCAAAUUUUUUUAAAGGAAAAACAUGCUGAUGAUCCAAAGGUGUUGAGUUUCUUGGGUUAGUUGGUGACAAAGGAGGAAUAAAGAAUGAAGGAAUAAUUCUUCCUUUUUCAUACAAGCACAGAUAGUGAAUUAACUCCUUAUUUGUAAGAUAGAUCAGCUAUGAUUUUGUUCUUAGAGCAAUUUUUUCUAUUUGAAAAAGAGCCCCCAUGAAAGAGUGAAAGUUGUCUUAGAUUUACUUAAUGUCUUUAAAACUCUGUAGAGAUAUUAUAAUAUUAAUAUAAGAAAAGAUUCUAUAUUUCUGAAGUGAGAUGUUCAUAUUCAAAUUGUAAAUCUUAUUCUUUUGUAACAUUAAGUUUAAUUUAUAUUUAUUUAUGUUUUACAUGUAUAUCAGAAAAAGUUCAAGGAGAUAUGUAAAGAAAAAUUGAUCUUCCCUAAAUAGAAAUAACCACAUUUUUGCCUCAUGUGGUAUCUGGCAUUUAUUUUCUUGUGUAAAUUAUUUAUAAAUAAGGGAGUCCCUUCCUGCCUUUCAUAGGAGUUUAGAGUGCUGUCCUUUGGCUUAGUGGGAAUCACUUUUAAUGUACUACUUGUUAUUGAUUUACCUAAAGGCAAUCACAUCAGUUUCCAGAUUCUUAAUAUGUUCUUGUCAUCUUGCCAGUUACAUGUUAAGUGUUGGAAUAGACUAGAAUAUAUGCAUAAAUAAAUUUCACAAUAAUUA